AUGGCUUAGUAAUUAGAAGAUUUCUUAGGAUGUCUAUAAUAAUUAGAUACAAGCAUUUAUAAACCUUAAGAAUAAGCCUGUAUUCCAGUUUUUAGAUCUAUGCCGCCAAAUUUAAGAAUUAUUAUUUAAAGAAUGAUCUUCUUUGAAGAAAGGAAAAUCCCAGAAAGUAUGAUACAAGCAUAAAAUUAUGGAUAAACUCCUAAUUCUAUAUUAGAAUUGGCUAUUUAAUUAAAACUUAUUACAAAAUCAGAAGAAAGAUAAUAAUAAAACGUGAAUUCAUAUUAUUAUUUGGAUUCUAAUUUUUAAAACUCAUUAAGAGAUGCAAUUGAAGGAAAAAGCAAAAGCAUUUUAACAAAAAUUGGUGAUUGUACUGAAAGUUAAGAAUAAUUAAAAAAAGAAUGCAGUAGAAAAUGGAAAGACUUAUUUGAUUUGAUUAGUAGACGAGAAAGAUCUAAUAUUUCGAAUUAUAGAUAAUAGGUUAGAUAAACAUUAAUUGAAUCUAAAUUACUUGAAAAAAAUUUAGGAGUUGGAUUUUCUUUUAUUUUAAGUUCAACUCAUAAAUAAAUUAAUUAAAUACUCAAAUAUUACGUUACUAAAUAAUAGAGUAAUAUUGUAAGAUUUAUUCUUUGUUUAAGUGUUUUAGAUCCUAUGAAGAUUUAUCAAAUGCCAAAUGAAGAAUGGUAAAUAAAUGUAAUUAAAGAUUUAUAAGAAUUUGGUUUUACCUAAUAUACAGAAUAACAUAUGAGAAUAACCUAUUUAUUUUGGAAUUUUCUAUAUGAACCUCCAAGUGUAUUUAUUGGAAUAUAAUGUAAUAUUGUAGUUGAAGCUAAUUUCAGAAUUUAUGCAUAUUUAAAUUCUGGGGAUUAAUAAGAAGAAGAAAUUUUAUGUAAUUUAUUAAAUUUAUUUUCUGAAAUUAAAAAAAGAUUUAAAAUCUUAAUAAUAGCUGAUUUAUCAGAGUCAAGUAUAAGAAAAGCUGUAAGAGAAAAUCUAUAAGCUAAAUAAAUUAUUUAAUUUUUAGAAAUGAAUAGUAAAUAAAUGAAAUAAUAAACUACAACAGAAAAAUAAAUAAAAAAUAGUGAUGAAUUAAAAAAAAGAUUGGAUUUUCUAAGAGUAUUUUAAGAAGUUGGUCCAGAAAAAGCAAUUAUUCCACAUAAUGUUGUGUAGUAAAUUUAAUAUUGGGAAACAUUUUCAAAUGCAAAAUGA